CCUAUUCCCUUUGCAUUCCUUUUCUUGUCAACUGAGCAACGCUCACCUGUACAAAAUUUUGGAGAUGAAAGUGAAGAGGUUGGGGGUGGGUUCCCAUUGAGGUGGGGUCUAUCUACGGAUUAGGGGUUGGAAGGCUUAUAAUUGAAACUGUUGUCUGUUGGACCGACGGACUUACUCCGUAAAAUAUUUGGAGAAGCCAAAAACAUCUCAAAUUUAGAAGCUCACAAUCUGAACAACUUCAAUUCGUUUAGCGAUUAAACUUCUCACCCAGGUUGUAGUGUUGGAGCAGAAUGGCAGAAACAUCUGAAGUGUUGCAGAAGCAUAUGACAGAUAAUCAGAGGAAUUAUUUGGUCUCUUUGAAAGAGCCACUGUCACCUGGGAGGCCUCCAGUUGAACUCCAGCAAUGCAUAGAAGAGCUUCUGAGGCACACAAUUUCUUUAUCAGUCUCCGGAAAUCUUGAAACAGACAUUGGCUUGUCCAAGGAGUUGUGCACCAAUCUGUUGGACGAUGACCCUUCCAAUCCCACAGUUCCUUUGUACAAACGUCUAGCGACAUCAAUAAGCCGGUUUAUAUCAUCUGGAAGUAUAUUACAGUCAGAUAGUAGAGUUGCAUUAAAGCAAGAAGCAUCUUCUUUGAAACAGAAGGAAGAUGAGUUCAAUUAUAAGUUGGUGUGGGAAAAAGGACGAGAGUUACUCUACAUGCUUGAAAGGGUGGACUUUGAACUUCAUGUUCAGGAGCCUUUCUUCUCCUAUCUAAAAAGUGGAGAGAAAACAAUUGAAGGAAGGUGUGCUAUCGGUCACUACAAUAAAAUUGAAGUGGGAGCUUCAAUCCUUAUCAACAAAUGUUUACUUCUUCAGGUUAAGGAUGUUCAUCAUUAUGAUUCGUUUGGUGAAAUGCUAGAAGCAGAGCCUCUCUCCAAAGUACUUCCAGGAGUUGAAUCUAUAGAAGAAGGAGUUGAAGUUUAUAGAAAUUUCUACACGGAGGAGAAGGAAAGGUCAAACGGUGUUCUUGCCAUCUGUGUGACCAAACCAGUUUGGCAGCCUUAUCUCUCCAUGGCCACAAUAAUAUCAGAUUUGAGCUAUGAAGGGCUCCAGAACCUCCUUCAAAAUGUUGCACAUAGUUCAGAACAAUGCUGGUCCACUUAAACCAAGCCUCGAUCCAAAUCGGCUAGUCUUGUUUGUUGGCUGCAUUGGGUAGACCCUUCGUAGACCAAGGCAUAUAAUUUCAUAUGCUGGACCCAUCAGUCAUGUUCCUUGGUCUCAGAUCAUCAGUGGAAAGAUAUGAAGUUUUUAUGAAACAGUGGGAGUAAUUAGAGCAAACAAUCCAACCCUUGACAAAAAGUUGGCAUUUCAGGUGUCAAACCUGCCCUUCAUUGUGAGCUCUUGAGAAAAGAUAAAUUGUAAAUCUUCCGAUUAACUUUUUUUCCGUUUUUCAAUUAAGCGACCAUGUUUCUUUCGGGGGUAGUACAACUGUACAAGUAGUACUGUCGUAAUUUCUUUUGCGUGUUUUAAUAAAAGUAAGGCAAUUAA